UCCAAACCUACUAAAAUACACUCGCACACGCUCGCACGUUUUCUGGUGAUUUUCCAAAGAACGUUUGCGUCAAGGGGCGCCGUUGCCAAGGCGUCACCCGCACCGCCGCCUGAAGCUGACGGCGGCAGGUGAGGAGGAAACGUGUAGCCCGGCGCGGCGUGUUCUGCCUUCACUGGGAUGUUAAUGGACGCCUCAACCAUCAUCAUCGAGACAGACGACCUUCAGUAUGAGGAGGAGCUGCUUCGUAACCCGUUCUCGGUCAAGCAUUGGCUGCGCUACACCGAACACAAGAAGGAUGCGCCGUCGGACAAGCUCAACAAGGUGUACGAGCGGGCGCUGCUGCAGAUGCCCGGCAGCUACAAACUAUGGCACCAGUAUGUGAGACUCAGGAUGCAGCAGGUGAAGGGGCGCUGCAUCACAGACCCAGAGUACGAGAGCGUCAACAACACCUUCGAACGAGCGCUGGUCUUCAUGCACAAGAUGCCCAGGAUAUGGAUCGACUACUGCCAGUUCCUGAUGAGCCAGCGCAAGAUUACCCGGACUCGUAAGACAUUCGACCGUGCCCUGUGUGCCCUCCCCAUCACCCAGCACAACCGCAUCUGGCCGCUGUACCUCAAGUUCGUCAUGAUCUACAACAUCCCGGAGACGGCCGUGCGUGUGUGGCGGAGAUACCUCAAGCUGUGCCCGGAGGAUACCGAGGACUAUAUCAGCUACCUCAUAUCCAUCGGGCUUCUGGAGCAGGCGGCCAAGAAAUACGAGUGGUGCGUCAACACCGACACCUUCACCUCCAAGUACGGCAAGUCCAAACACCAGCUGUGGUCUGAACUGUGUGAACUCAUCUCCAAGAACCCGCAGGAAACGAGCCUCAAGAACGCCGAGGCCAUCAUCCGUCAUGGGCUGCAGCGGUACACAGACCAGGUGGGGAUGCUGUGGAACUCCCUCGCCGAAUACUACAUCAUCAGCGCUCUGUUUGAGAGGGCGAGAGACGUUUACGAGGAGGCCCUGCGCAGCGUGAUGACGGUGCGAGACUUCACGCAGGUGUUCGACUCCUACGCCCAGUUUGAGGAGCUGAUGCUGAAGCGCCGCAUGGAGGAGGUGGGGUUCGAGGCAGAGGACGGGGAUGAUACGGACAUUGAAAUUGAACUCAGGCUGGCGCGCUACGAGGACUUGAUGCAGAGGAGGCCGCUGCUGCUGAACUCCGUGAUGCUGCGGCAGAACCCUCAUAACGUGCUGGAGUGGCAGAAGAGGGUGACACUGUACGAGGGACGGCCGAAGAUGAUCGUCGCCACGUACAUGGAGGCCGUCAAGACAAUAGAGCCCAAGCAAGCCACUGGGAAACUCUACUCCUUGUGGGUCAACUUCGCCAAAUUCUACGAAGACAACGGGCAGAUCAUGGACGCGCGGAUCAUCUUCCAGCGGGCCACCGAGGUCUCCUACGUGAGGGUGGACGACUUGGCCAGCGUGUGGUGCGAGUGGGCGGAGCUUGAGAUACGGCACGACAACGAGGAGGAGGCACUCAAGCUCAUGAAGAGGGCCACAGCACCGCCCCCGCACAAGGUCGCCUACAAUGAUGAGAGCGAGCCAGUGCAGCGCCGCGUGUACAAGUCCUUGAAGCUGUGGUCCAUGUACGCCGACCUGGAGGAGAGUCUCGGGACCUUCAAGUCUUGCAAGGCUGUGUACGACCGCAUCAUCGACCUCCGGAUCGCCACGCCACAGAUCAUUAUCAACUACGGCAUGUUCCUGCAGGAGAACAAUUACUACGAGGAGGCGUUCAAGGCCUAUGAGAAGGGCAUCGCGCUGUUCAAGUGGCCUUACGUAUAUGACAUCUGGAACACCUACCUCACCAAGUUCCUGCAGAGGUACCAGGGCACCAAGAUUGAGCGGGCGAGAGACCUCUUUGAGCAGUGCCUGGAGAAGUGUCCGCCCAACUUUGCCAAGAACCUGUACCUGCUGUAUGCCAAGAUGGAGGAGGAGCACGGGCUGGCCAGGCACGCCAUGCAGGUCUACAGCCGCGCCACCAAGGCCGUGCCACCCGAGGAGAAGCUGGCCAUCUACAACAUCUACCUGCAGCACGCACAGCAGAUCUAUGGCAUCACCAAGACCAGGGAGAUAUACCAGGAGGCCAUCGAGGACCUGCCAGACGAGGGGACGAGGGAGAUGUGUCUACGUUUCGCCGACAUGGAGAGGAAGCUCGGGGAGAUUGACCGGGCGAGGGAGAUCUACGCCUACUGCAGCCAGAUGUGCGACCCUCGGCUGACACAGGAGUUCUGGGCACGCUGGACGGACUUUGAGGUGGCCCACGGCAACGAGGAUACCAUGAAGGAGCUGCUGAGGAUCAAGCGCUCCAUGCAGGCCAAGUACAACACACAGGUCAACAUGAUGUCAGCGCAGAUGUUGGCGUCGGCCGACACCGUGGCCGGCACUGUGUCAGAUCUGGCACCGGGUGCCAAGGACGGCAUGCGCAUGUUGGAAGCACGCGCUGUGGCCAUGAACCAGCUGGAGGAGCACGGCGGCCCUCCACAGAUGCCGCCACCCUCCACCACAGCCGCUGCAGGCGGAGGCUCCAAGAUCAUGUUCGUGCGCGGCACCACGUCGAAGAGGGAAGACGAGGUGGCUGACGCUGCUCGGACGGCCAACCCUGACGAGAUUGACAUUGAUGAGGAGGAUGAAGAUGACGACGAUGAUGAUGAUGACCUUCCUCAGACAAGAGAAAUUCCAUCAACCCUGUUUGGCCAGCUGAAAAAGGAAGUGGAUAAAAAUUAAAUGUAAAAAUUAAGUAUUUUAUACAAUAAAUUUAUACUGAUCUUUUAA